AUGUCGGAAGAACGCAGCAGGAUAUCUCUUCGGAGUGUCAAGAGGAAGAACCGUCCCGUCAUCGGCCCCCCGCGCCAGAUAUCCGGUCCCAUCCCUCAAGAUGGCGGCGCCGCCAAUAUGCCUGCGAUGGCUCCCCCCAUCCCCCAAAACCCGGCUGCGAGGCCACGCCCGAGGCAACAGACCGGAGGUGGUGACAAGACCUCGGAUCUAGUCAAGCGCCGAUACUCGACUCGCUUCAACCAAGACUUUGACAUCUCCAAUGCUCCUCCUAUGCCCAAUAUGCCCAAGCUGGACAAGUAUGCCGCCACGGAACAGCAAAGGCCACCGCCUACCCGCUCGGGGGGUGCGGCGCCCGCUCUGGACAUCGAGGCGCUACGCGACCCCGGUCUGGCGGCGGAGCAGUACGCUGCCAGCGUGUUGAGCGACGCGACUGACGACCAGAUCCGACAGUUUGAGGAGUCUCUGCGCAAGCUCAAGAGCCGUGCGUCAGCGGACCUGCAGCAGAACCUCCUCCAGAACCGCACGCAGUUCAUCAAGAUCAGUAAAGAGGCAGAGAAGCUCAAGAGCGAGAUGCGAGCGCUGCGGAAUCUGAUGGCCGAUCUCAAGACCAACGCGACCGCUCUCCGGGCCGCUUCUAACAAGCGCGACGAGUCAGCCAGCCUCCCCGGGCAGAUGUCGACGGGAAUGAGCAAGAGGGACAAGCGUAGUUCGGUGGCCGAUAGGAGCGCCCUCUGGACUUCUCAGAUGCAGGCCCUAUACAAGAAUGUCGAGGGCUCGCAGAAGUUCCUGCCCAUCGCCGCUGGUCGGCAUGUGGUGCAGGACGCAGGGCCCUGGGUCGAGCUGGACAAUGCGACGUACAAGUCGCGUAGGGCCAUGCAGAUAUUCUUGCUCAACGAUCACCUUCUCAUCGCCUCACGCAAGAAGAGGAAGAUGGACUCGGCGGCCGGCGUGGACCCGAGGGGCCCCAUGUCGAAGCUGGUGGCGGACCGGUGCCUGUCGUUGCUUGACGUCGAGGUGGUGGACAUGGCGGGUACGGGCGAAUCGGCUGGCGGGCGGAGCAACAAGCUGACCGAUGCCAUCAUGGUGCGCGGCGGCGGACAGGAGUCCUUCAUCUACCGGACCGAGAAGCCUGACGAUGCCGAGAAGAAGUCACUGCUGCUCAAUGUACGCAAGGCGAUCGAGGAGCUGCGUAAAGGCCUCCAGUCCGAGAUGGAGGCCAACAACAAGGCGCGCGAGACAAUCAACUACUUUGCGUCGAGGGAUCCGGGUCUCCUGCAGAAGACGGAGCUCCUCGAGACGCUGUCCGACGUCAAGGACAUGCUCAUCGAGGUCGACGGCAACCAGCAGAACCUGCGGUGGAUCGAGUCCCAGAUGGACGGGCUCGACAUUGACAUUGCCCUCCAGAGCUUCGAGCCGGCGGUGGCGCGCGUCGAAAAGCUCAAGGGCCUCGCGCGGGGCCUCAAGAACAAUGUCGUCGCACAGGACUUCAUCAACUUCAAGGUGGAGGAGAGGUGCGGCAGGCUGGCGGGAGUCAUCAUCCGCGAGCUAUCGACGACGCACAACGAGCAGAAUAAGACGAAGCGCAACGUCAGCUGGCUCACCAGGCUAGGCUACGAGGAUAGGGCGCGGGAGGCUUACCUCGCCGCGAGGAGUGACACGAUCCACAAGAGGACCAGACAAUGCAUCUUCCAAGGCGAUCUACACCUCUACAUCUGGCAGAUCUCAUUCGUCUACUUCAUGAUCAUCCGGAACACGGUCAGGUGUUUCCAGGGGUGCUUCCCGCCGCCUAUGAUGAGCACGUGCGUCAAGUGGGCCAAGGAGCAGGUCGAGGCUCUCAACGUUGUGCUCGGCCGACAGCUCAGCAGCACGAAGCCCGGAGGCGAAGUCUGGACGCAGUGCAUGGACAGGGCAAAGGAGCACGCCGAGAUGCUGUCCGAGGUCGGGCUGGACUUUGUCAACCUGGUUGGGAGGGGGGUUGAGCAGCAGGUUGCAUCGCCGCCGGGGCCUCUGUCGCCAUUGUCGGUUAGCAAGUCGCGGGCGGUGGCU